AUGUUAAACGGAACUUCUAAAUCACAGGCUGAGGCUAUAUAUCAAACGUUGGUCGAUUGGGGUUUAACAAAUCACGUAAAAGCUAUGAGUUUUAAUACUACAGCCACUAACUCAGGCAGGAUUGGAGGUACGUGUGUUUUGUUAGAACAAUGGUUAGAAAAAAACAUUUUAUACUUUCCGUGUCAUCAUCAUAUUUACGAGAUUAUUUUAAAAUGUACAUUUCACGCAAAAUUUGGUGUAACUUCAGGACCGAAUGUCCCCUUAUUUCUUUGUUUUCAAAAGUCUUGGCCAAAAAUUAAUACUGAAAAUUACAAGUCCGGUAUCGACGAUCGAUUUAUUUUUGAAAAAUUGCAAAGUUCUAUUGAUCAUAUUUUAGAGUUUUGUUUAAAUCAAUUAAAACUAUCCCACUUUAGAGAAGAUUAUAGAGAAUUUCUUGAGCUAACAGUAAUUUUUUUAAAUGGAGUUCCGCCUAGAGGUGUAUUAUUUAGAGCUCCAGGAGCGAUUCACCAUGCUCGAUGGAUGUCAAAAGCGCUUUAUACUCUUAAAAUAUUUAUUUUUCGUGAAGAAUUCAAGUUGACACAAAAAAAAUAUAAUUCAAUCUCGAGAAUAUGCAUUUUCUUGGUUAAUUUAUACAUCAAAGUUUAGUUUAAUGUGCCAAUUGCUGCUUUUUCGCCUCGACAAGAUUUAGAAUUUUUAAAAAAUAUUUUCCAGUACAAAACCAUAGAUGAAGAAUUACCUAAAAAUAAUUUGAAAAAAUUUGUUAACCAUUUAUGGUAUUUAACUUCAGACAACAUUGCUUUAGCAUUUUUCGAUAAACAUAUUCCACACGAGACAAAAACUAAAAUGGCAUUUAACAUUAAAAGAAUUGAUACUGAAAAUUUCGAUGGGCAAGAAUAUUAUGUCAUUAAAAAUAAACGCAUAUAUUUGGAC